UGCGUCGCUGUGCUCCUCCUCAGUCUCUCCGUCGCUCUCUCCGCUGUGGUUGUGCUGACAUGGUAGAUUACCACGCUGCUAAUAACCAAUCCUCCGGCGGAGGUGUGCAGAUCUACAUGGAGCAGGAGAACGACUGGGACCGGGACCUGCUGCUGGACCCGGCGUGGGAGAAGCAGCAGAGGAAGACUUUCACGGCGUGGUGCAACUCCCACCUGAGGAAGUCCGGCACGCAGAUCGAGAACAUCGAGGAGGACUUCAGGGAUGGGCUCAAACUCAUGCUGCUGCUGGAGACCAUCUCAGGCGAACGGUUACCCAAACCUGAGCGAGGAAAGAUGAGGGUGCACAAGAUCAACAAUGUUAACAAAGCCUUGGACUUCAUCGCCAGCAAAGGAGUCAAGCUGGUCUCUAUUGGAGCAGAGGAAAUUGUGGACGGAAACGCCAAGAUGACCCUGGGAAUGAUCUGGACCAUCAUCCUCCGCUUCGCCAUCCAGGACAUUUCCGUAGAAGAGACCUCUGCCAAGGAGGGUCUUCUCUUGUGGUGCCAGAGGAAGACCGCUCCCUACAAGAAUGUCAAUGUGCAGAACUUCCACAUCAGCUGGAAGGACGGUCUCGCCUUCAACGCUCUGAUCCACAGACACAGACCAGAUCUCAUCGAUUACGACAGCCUCAGAAAGGAUGACCCAGUGACCAAUCUGAACAACGCCUUCGAGGUGGCUGAGAAGCACCUGGACAUCCCCAAGAUGUUGGACGCAGAAGACAUCGUGGGUACGCUGAGGCCGGAUGAGAAGGCCAUAAUGACCUAUGUGUCCUGCUUCUAUCACGCCUUCUCUGGCGCGCAGAAGGCCGAGACAGCCGCCAAUCGCAUCUGCAAAGUGCUGGCUGUCAACCAGGAGAACGAGCAAAUGAUGGAGGACUACGAGAAGCUGGCCAGCGAGCUGCUGGAGUGGAUCCGUCGCACCAUCCCCUGGCUGGAGAACCGGACCCAGGAGAAGACGGUGAACGACAUGCAGGCCAAGCAGGAGGACUUCAGAGACUACCGCUGCGUCCACAAACCACCCAAGGUCCAAGAGAAAUGCCAGCUGGAGAUCAGCUUCAACACUCUGCAGACUAAACUGAGACUCAGCAACAGACCUGCCUUCAUGCCAUCAGAAGGGCGCAUGGUGUCUGAUAUCAAUGGAGCGUGGCACACUCUGGAGGGAGCGGAGAAGGGCUACGAGGAGUGGAUCCUCAGCGAGAUCCGGCGUCUGGAGAGACUGGAGCACUUGGCCGAGAAGUUCCACCAGAAGGCCGCCAUCCACGAAUCCUGGACCGACGGUAAGGAGGCCAUGCUGACCCAGAAAGACUACGAGACCUCUACCCUUUCAGAGGUCAAGGCGUUGCUACGGAAACACGAAGCCUUUGAGAGCGACCUGGCAGCCCAUCAGGACAGAGUGGAGCAGAUCGCCGCCAUCGCACAGGAACUCAACGAGCUGGACUACUACGACUCUGCCAGCGUCAACGCUCGCUGUCAGAAGAUCUGCGACCAGUGGGACACCCUGGGAGCCUUCACCCAGAGCCGCAAAGAGUCACUGGAGAGGACAGAGAAGCAGCUUGAGUCGAUAGACGAGCUCUACCUGGAGUACGCCAAGAGAGCAGCGCCCUUCAACAACUGGAUGGAGGGAGCGAUGGAGGACCUGCAGGACAUGUUCAUCGUCCACAAUAUUGAGGAGAUCCAGGGUCUCAUCACAGCCCACGAGCAGUUCAAGUCCACCCUGGCGGAGGCCAACAAGGAGCGGGAGGCCAUCCAGGCCAUCCAGGCCGAGGUGCAGAAGAUCGCCCAGAGCAACGGCAUCAAGCUGAGCGGAGCCAACCCCUACACCACCAUCACACCCCAGAGCAUCGACAGCAAGUGGGAAAAGGCGAUGGACAUGGUACCGCUGCGUGACACCGCCCUGCAGGACGAGCUCAACAAGCAGAACUCCAACGACACCCUGAGAGCCAAGUUCGCCACUCAGGCCAACACGGUCGGCGCCUACAUCCAGGCCAAAAUGGAGGAAAUCGGCAGGAUAUCCAUCGAGAUGAACGGCACCCUGGAGGACCAGCUGACCAGCCUGAAGGAGUACCAGAAGACCAUCAUGUCGUACAUGCCCGAAAUCAACACGCUGGAGGGGUACCACCAGCUCAUCCAGGAGGCCCUCAUCUUCGACAACCAGUACACCUCCUACACGAUGGAGCACCUCCGCGUGGGCUGGGAGCAGCUGCUGACCACCAUCGCCAGAACCAUCAACGAGGUGGAGAACCAGAUCCUGACUCGCGACGCCAAGGGCAUCAGCCAGGAGCAGCUCUACGAGUACCGCGCGUCCUUCAACCACUUCGACAAGGACCACAGCGGGACGCUGAUGGCCGAGGAGUUCAAGGCCUGUUUGAUCAGUCUGGGCUACGAUGUGGAGAACAACAAGCAGGGAGACAGCGAGUUUGCUCGCAUCAUGGGCAUAGUGGACCCCAACGGCAGCGGCGCCGUGACCUUCCAGGCCUUCAUUGACUUCAUGUCCCGGGAAACAACCGAUACGGACACCGCAGACCAGGUCAUCGCCUCCUUCAAGAUCCUGGCCGCUGAUAAGACCUUCAUCACUGCCGAGGAGCUGAGGAGGGAGCUCCCCCCCGACCAGGCAGAGUACUGCAUCGCCCGCAUGGCGCCCUACACGGGGGCUGACGCCGUCCCCGGAGCCCUGGACUACAUGUCCUUCUCCACCGCCCUGUACGGAGAGAGCGACCUGUAGAGGAGGCAAGAGGAGGAGGAGGAGGAGGAGAAAGAGGGCUGAACAGAGAAGGAGGAGGAGGAGGGAAGUAGAAAGUAAUUCUGUGCAGAGCGGAAGAUGCCCAGGAAUCGAGCGUCUGGAACGAGUUGGAGUGGUGGUUGUGAGGUGCCCCUGUGUGUGCCGGUUUAGAAAUCGUCAGAAUAAUUUUUUUGUUUUAAGAACGCUGAUACUUGUUGAUUGAACUGUAGUUAGGUUUGGCCUCCAAAAACAGAGGGUGAUCAAUUUGUCGUAAAAAGGUUCACAUGGACGGGCAUGUCCGGGGGCAGCUGUGGGACGUGGGGGACAGUUGCUCUGCGGGGUCCUUUAGCUUCACCCUCUCUGCCUUUUGUGGGAUCAAACCAGGGGGGGGAUGGGGCACGAGCUAAUCUGAUACUUAUGCUAAUUGUUUUGUUUAUUUUAUUAUCAUUUCUUUCUUCUUGCCAGGCGGGGGUGUGUGGCGGGUCUAGAUCCUAGAGAGAUAUAUGCUGCGGGGAGUUGACCAACCAGAAAUAAAAAAUAUAAAAAAAGACAUAUUUACCCAUAUUUCCCAUGUUGCUGGAUAAGGUGACCUGUCUAACCUCAGCUCUUUUUUUCCUCCUCCUGUCUUUGUUUAAUUCUUUUUUUUUUUUGUUUGUUUACUUCUUGGGAGCAGG